AUGGCAGCCGAACUACCACAAGAGAUUCUGUCCAUUAUUGCUGCAUAUUCCGCAGCCGACAAUCAGAAGUUGGCAAACUAUGCUCUUGUCAACAGAGCAUGGCAAGCGGCUUUUGAGGACAAGAUCUACUCCACGCUCUCUGUGCUUAGCCCAUCACAAACCACGGAGAUUGUGGUUGGAGACAAUCUGAAGUUCAAGAAGCGUGGACUGACACUUGAACAAUUCAAGUCCGCUACGAGUGGCCCACAGAACUGGUGCAUUGCGAGAAGAAAAGCUGUUCGUAGAAUUAUCUACAGAAUCGCUGUGCCACAUUGGCUGGACGACGCACGAGAAAAGGAAGAUGGGUUCUUCUACGACAAUUUCAUGAGAAGAGAGAACGACGGAGCCUUUUGCAAGGGUCUGCCACCAAUGUUUGAGGUUCUGUCUACUUGGGGCGACAAAGAUCAUCCCAUCUCGUUGAGCAUUGUUCUGCAGGCCGAACACGUCUAUACUUCUGAUCAAGGCGGCGAGCCCUUCACGAGAUCAUAUGGUGGAUUUGACCCGCUGGUCACUACUUAUCGUGCCAGCUUGCCAUCGGACUGCAGUAUCCCCAUCGCAAAAUGUGUUGCUUCGCUGGAUUUCCCCGAGGCUUGGACACCUGCUGCCAUGGGCUCUGAGAAUGGUAUCUCGCCAUCAGCUGCGUUCAAGAUCUCUGCCGCUUGUGGUGGUGAUAAGUUACUCUCCAUGCGCAUCCCAGGUGACUAUAUGAUACCUCCUCACGACGCCGCCUGUGAAAUACAGGAGCGCGAUAGCACCGGCAAUAACAUGCAUCUACUGCCCACCAGUGUGCGAAAACUUGAUAUCGACUGGCCUGAGCUCGAUACUGACGAGGGUCCCGUCCGAACAUCACCACCUACCUUCGCAUUGCAGCCAGACGCGCUCUCGGCAGCUCUGCACACCGUGUCCUUACAGCUGCGCGAAUUGCAUACGGAGAAACUUCAUCUUCUGCCGGAUUUUUUCAGAUGUUCUUCGUCAUGCUCGCACCACUGGCCGAACCUUGAGAUGCUCGAGAUUUUGCUCAUACCCUACGAUAUCUUCGGCAUAAAUCUACAAUAUGAUCACGAAGUUACAGGCGAGCCCAAGCUCGCCAAUGACUACUUCGACAGCCUGUACGAAAGUGUCGGAUAUGCUGCGCGACGGAUGCCUAAGAUCAAGUACCUUAUGUUAUCUUUUGGCCACGAGGACGAUGUGUUAGAAGUCACGACAUUGAGAGGGCGAUGGCAGGUUGCCAUCGAGUCUCCAAAUGGCUACAGCCUAUCGCCGAGAGUGCUGGAAGCAUGGAAAGCGGAUGAGGGCAAUCAACAUAUCAACACGAAAGGUUUGUUUAUUGCCGAGUAUGAGAGUUGGCCGCCAUGA